AUGGACGAUAGAGACUCGACGAUUAUUCCUCCAGCCAGGACAACUGGCAAUGGAGGCAUCAAGACUACCGUCACUUAUGGCCUCAACAGGAUUGACUUCACUUUCGACAUGUCACAAUCAGUGGCAUCCAAUAUCAAGGAUUUAUGGUCUCAUUUCAAUCUAGCCCAGAGUGGCCCUCCUUCCAAUUUCUGUCUGCGUCUAUUCGAUACUGAAGAACAUAUCACUGAUGAGAAUGUACGCAAGAGAAUAGACGAUGGAAUAACUCUCAAAUUGACAUGGUCGCCUGCCAUCACUGCUCGAGAUCUGGCUGAUGAUUUGGAUUCAACUUCAGAACAAACCUUGAAAAAGGCUACAUUCGCUUUACAAAAGUACAUCAAGGAACCUGACUUUGUGGAAGAGUUCUUGGCUCGAAAAGGUGGCCCAAAGUUGCAAAAGAUUGUGGAGACAACACAGGGAAACACACUGGCGUACGCUUUGAGCUCACUACAAAAUCUCAUGGACAAUGACUAUGGAUGGGAUACAUUCAGUCGCGAAUUCAUCAGCACGCUCGUAAAUAUCAUCGUCAAGCAAAACCUCGUCAACAUAUGCAGACCUGCUACGUCCUGCAUCAUCAAACUGGUAGUAGCAGACAAGACAUCAACUGGAUCUGUACGCUGCUAUGGAUACCCAGUUGUAGAAGAAGCCAUAUCCGUACAACCCGCCCUACUACAUACACUCUGUCAGCGGCUGAACGCCACAGACUACUCCUUACAACUAUAUUCCAUGAGUCUCAUCAACUGUCUCUUUCGAUACGCAUCACCAGAUCGAAAACGAAGUGAAUUCUUUCGGACUCUGGAUAUGCUCAACAUUCGAGCUAUUGUAGUUAGAUUGAUGAAUGCUAUGAAUGCUAGACCUGGGGAAGAGUUGGCUGCUCAGCUGGUUGAAUUCCAGAGGCUCUUUAUCCAGGAGAUGAAUCGUCGUAAACGUACACCUGUUGAUCCAAAUCAGGGUGUACAUGAGAGGAUAUUAGGAGAGCUGUGGAGAGAUUUAGGUGCUCCUGCUUACAAUGAUGGAUCGAAGUGGAAGCUUCUGGGUUUCAAUACCGAGAAUGUCAAGAAGGAGUUUUCGAGAGUUGGGGUACUUGGAUUGGAAUUGUUACAGUCUGCUGUGAAGAGAGAUCGGGACUAUCACGCCAAGUUUAUACAUGAUCAGCUAGCCCGUCCUGUCGAGAGAAGGUGCCCAUGGGGUCGGGCUCAGAUAGAGAGUAUUGAAGUGUUGUGUGACUAUUGGGAGAUCAGUUCAGGAUAUACGACGUCGACCUCAUAUCAACCACUGUUACUGUCAUUUGAGGCUGUUCAAGCCAUCACAUUCAGAUGUUUUGUGCGGCUAUGGGCUGAGAUGGAGGCUCAAAGUACAGGCGAUGAUGCCAAUCGAGUUGCAGCCGUCGUCAGAUCACAGUUAUGGUGGUGUCUUGGUAGAAUAAAACGAACAGAAAAGGAUGCUUUGAAUAUGUUUGAGAAAUCCAUGCUCGAGACACCGUAUUCGGUCGUUCGAGAGCGUCAAGUACGAGAGUUAGAGAAUGCUGAUGAUCUGAGCAGUAAAGCCAUUGUCAGAACACUGAGAGAUCGACUAUCAGCAGAAUCAUACCAAUUCAUAAAACAGCAGCGAAUUGGAUGUCUAAUUGCCGGUGCAUGGUUUCCAAUAUUCAGAGAAAAGGGUCGAGAUAAAAAGAUGAUGAGGUUUUAUCGACUGUCGCCGAAUAGGCAGUACUUGCACUAUGGAGACUUUACAGAAGGGUUUGAUCGUAAGCCAAGUAUAGAGGAGCUACCAGAACGAGUCGACAUGUCUCUGGCGACAGAUAUACUGCGAGGAAACGCAUCGCCAGUCUUUUCUUCAAAACGAAAUGCGUCUGAAGAUUUGGAGUUGUGUUUCUCUCUGGUCUCAUCCACAUCUUCAUCUGAUGGAGUUGCCAAUACAUCGCACACAACACAAACACUAGGAGAUUUUGGGUGUGGUACGCCCGAUCGAUGCUCUGAAUGGGCAGAUGGCUUUGCCAUGUUGCUGGAUAAGAAUAUCAUGACUCAACCUACCUCGGAGCUGAUUCGAGAGUUGGUUGAAAUAGCAGUUCAGGUUGCUCUGCUUGAUUUGACUGGUGAAGGGUGUUUGCCGAAUGCUUCCACGGUGUCUCAAAUAGAAGUUCCUGAGUUACCAAGGAAUAUGGAGUUUUGGUUUGAUGGAAGGACACCGUCAUACGUUGCAGCUAGAGCAACAUCAGGAGUGUUUCGCAGCUCCGUGCCGCGAGUACCAUCUAUCUCUCCUCUCGAUACCAGUCUAUCACAACUUAUGGAGAAGACCUUUGAGAAACAAAUCAUGUCCAGUGGGCCCGACAGUGCUGGGUAUCUCGACUUUGUAGAUUCAUACCAAGAGCGCCAAUAG